AUCUGUUGUAAAAAUACAAUGAUCACACUUUUUAUGGAAAAGAAACAUCUUAGAGUUGACAUAAAUCUUAGUUGACUUUUAAAAUACUAAUUUAAAGGUACAUUUUAUGGUCGCUGGUUUUUAAAAUAACAGUUUAAAGGCACGGGUUAUCUCCCGCUUGUUGUCAAACAACGAUUGUAAACAGACAGGCACGUUGAUUCUUUCAUUUAAUCUUAGCUUUUGUCUUCCCUUGCUUGAUAUGAUAUGACAUGUCCAAUAACAAAGUGUCCAAUGAUGGUACCACCAUAACCAAACAACCGUCUGCUCAACUCAGUCCAGGAGAAAAUGGCGGGAAUUACACGGAGCAUGAAACUGGACUGGAAUCCAUAGAGAAUCUUGACCGGAUUAUUCUAAGUCAGGAGAUAACUGCUUGUGGACUGAUCUGUCCGUGUUGUAUUGGUCGAGGUGCUUACACUGUACAUAAUGGAAACGAAUCCGAGGAAUUCUUAUUUGAAAUUAGAGAAGCCUUUGUCUGUUUAUACCGAUCGUGCCUGGGUUCUGGGAGAGACCUGACUACACGUGUACAGGAUCCCAGCGAUAAUGACGUAGGGAGGAUGUUCAGAGAGGUGGCCAUUAGGGGGUGCUGUAUUUGUUCCUGUGACACUCCAGAACUUAUCAUCAAACACCCAAAUCGAUUGCUACUUGGAAUCGUCAGAGAAAGGCGAACAUGCUGUAGACCGAGUUUUGAGAUUGUAGAUCGUACAGGAGAUGUUCAGUUUACUUUCUCAAAUGACUGCUGCUAUUUUCAAUACUGUGGUUGGUGCAAGGACAGCACAGUGUAUGUCAAAGAUAGGGAUGAUGAAACUGUCGCUAAUCUUGUGAAGAAAUCUUUCCACAAUUCAAAGGAGUUGAUAGGAUUGGAAAAUAAAAUUCACAUAGAAUUUGUCAAGAAGAUUAAGGUACAAGAAAAAUUAUUAGUGAUUGGAGCGGCCAUGUUGUUGAGUCUUAAUAAUUUUGAAGAUAGCAAGCGGUAUUGUUGUUAAUAUGAAAAAUUAUACAGCAAAAAUUGACGCAUUUAUACUCAAUAUGUUUGUCCAUGUUCUAGGCUGUGAUAUUAAAAGUUGUUUUAACUCUGUUAAAUGAUAUUUGACAAUGAGAUUUGAUUUGCUUUCUGUGAUACAUACGUUGGGGAUUUUCUGCAAUGAUUGGCUGUUGUGCAGUUGUAAAUGGCAAUAUUUCAAUCAAAAUAAAAUGUGUUUGUUACAGAUAUUAAUUUUGUUGUUCUUAGUACAUCAUCCCUGCUAAAUUUAGAAUGCCGGUACUAAAAAAGAAAUACAUCCUUAAUACUUCUAAUGUUGCGGAAGACUAUCACUUCGCUUGAUAUAUAUUAUCAUGCUUU